AAGCUUUUGUUAAAACGAAUGACUUAAAUCUUUAAACCACUGAUAUUAAAGCGUUUAAUUUUCUGGGCUUCCCUGACUGUGUCUGUUUCUCUUAAUUAUAGUCUAAUUCUUGUCGGCGAUUGUUACAUUCGCCUCGUUUCUCCAACUCAUCAUCAUGUUCAUAACCAAUAAGAAUAUAACGGAGAGUCUAGUCCGUAGUCUCCAACAUAGCUACAGCAAUCAAACAAAUUGUGAAAUUGCUCUCAUGUGCGAUGGCAAGACUAUUAAGUGUCACCGUCAUGUGCUUGUUCUUCAUUCCUCACAUUUUAGUGAUUUAUUCAAAGAUCAGACUAAUUUUCCAACCGCCGUUGCUGUCGUUAAUAUGAGAUAUGUUCAUCUCAAAGCAAUGGUUGAUUACAUGUAUUUUGGCAAGAUCAAGCUGCAAGAAAAUUCUGAGGAGAUGCAGCAAAUAAUCAAGUGUGCUGGUGAUCUCGGUUUGACCGCAUUGGUCAAUUUUAUUGAUGAAUACCUCAAAACUUAUUCUAAAAACAAGCUGAUGAAUGGGGGUAAUCUCUCUAGUAGUGAUGUGAAUGGUGAUAUCGAUUCAGCAAUCAAAAGAAAGCGCGCAUCUGAUGCUACUGUUAAAGUGAAUCUUGAUAGUUUUAAGAAACCUAAAAUGACCGACAGUCCUCUCAACCAAUCCACGCCUUUGCGAGAUGGCUCCAAAAGUAUUCUCAAAUCGAAUAGCAUAGAAGCUAAGUCAAUCAAUUCAUCUGAUAAUAGUGAGACUCUGGUAAAUGAUAAGACUGAUAAGAAAAGAAAGUCCGAUGAUGACGAAGCAGAUGACGAAGAAAGUAAAUCAAAACGUGCCAGAGAAAAAGAGCAAGAAGAAGAAGAAGAAAGGAAGCGCAAAGCCAAAGAUGAAGAAAUGAAGAAAAAGUUGAGACAUGAAGAAGAGGAGCGUAAGCGAAGAGAGGAGGAAGAAAGUAGACGUAAAGCAGAGGAAAAGCAGAAGCUUGAGGCAGAGCGCCGAAAAAGAGCUGAAGAGGAGAAACGCAAGGCUGCUGAAGAAGCUAAACGCAAAGCCGAAGAGGAGGAAAAGGCCCGUAUCGAAGAAGAGAAAAAACGAAAAGAGGCUGAAAAGAAGAAAGAAGAAGAACAAGCCAAAAAAGUCGAAGAAGAAAAGAACAAGAAGGAGACUACCAAGUGUGAUGAAUCAGCCUCGACAAAAAGCUGUGCUGUUUGUAAUAAGCAAUAUAAAGACAAUAUCGACCAUAGGAAAGUUCUUGAUGGUGUGCAAUUUGAGAAAAAGUGUAUCAUGGCCAAUUGUUCUAAGCCUUUAAAAUUCAGACGAUCACUUAUUGACCAUUUGUUGAAAGAACAUAAAAUUGACGUCUGUGAUGGUUGAUGCAUUUUUAGAGAAUUUCUUAAUACGACCAAAUUCAUCUUAAAACCCCGAUAAUCCACAUCCUAUUGCCUCACAUUCUACAUGGAACUCAUUCGUGUCAUUGAUUAGAGCUUGUUCAACUGCUAAAGAGUCGAUCAUCUGAUUAAAAUCCGUUAACCACCAAUCAGCAUACAUUUUUCUUACAUCACAUCCCAACUUUAUGUUCAUAUCUUUUGAUUUGCUUUUUUUUCUUUUCUCCUAAAUGUUAAGAUUUUUGAAAUUGAGAUUUUUUUAUCCAAAAUCUUGAAAUUAACUAUGAAUUGGAGGUUUAUUAUCUAAAUCUUAUUUAUUUAUAUUAAAAUUAAGCCGUAAUUAAA